AGGAGUUUGUUAAUGUUCAGUUUGUUCAGCGGGAUCGAUGUUUGCUGGCAUCGCCUCGCCCUGUCUUGUGUGUGUGAGUGUGUGUGUGCGCAUAUGUGGGGGGUGUGAGUGUGUGUGAGAGGAAGCGAGAGUGCGUGCGUGUGUGAGUGUGUGUCUGUGUGUGUGUCUGUGUGUGUGAGUGUGUGAGUGAGUGAAUUCCAGAUUUUCUGUCUUUCCCAAACCCUCUCCUGCCCUCUUGCAUAUCACUCACAGGCGCGGAUCUGACAGCAGCCACAAACCUACCGUGAGUGAUCUCUCUCUCCCCCCCAGCGCGCAUCCGCCAUAGAGAUCGGCCAGGAGGAGGAAGAGGAGGAGGGAAAGAGCAGAAGGAGGAGAAGAAAGAAGAAGAAGAAACCACUACCUUCCCGGGAUUGCCUUUUUUUUUUUCCUCCUUAUCUCUGCGCGCGCGUGUGCGUGCGGCGCGUGUGCGCCCCUCGUCCCUCGCAUCCGAAUCCGGUCUUGGAUGUUUAAUAAAGAAAUCAAGUGUCUCAACAGUCACCAAAAAGCAAACAAACAAACAAACAAAUUCCAAAAAAAAAAAAAGCAAAAACAAAAAGAGAGAGAGAAAGAGAGGAAAAAAAAUUUCAAAACAAACAAACAAACAAGGCACAGCCAACCUCUACUUCAAACCAGCCGGCACCGGCCACCCCUGCCGUCCGGAGAGGGGGGUCUCCGGCCCGUGGUGGAGCAGUUGCAGGGGGGAUCGUCAGGGGGACAGAGGCCGAGAGACGCCCCAGGAGCCACCGGGCAGGAGGCGGAGGAGACCCAGACAGGCGAGCGAGACCGCGGGCCCCCGCGCGCGGCUCGGGGCUGGGGCGCCAGAAGUGGGACUGGAGCGAAGUUGAGCGAUGCCAAGGAGGAAACAGCAGGCACCCAAGCGGGCGGCAGGCUACGCCCAGGAGGAACAGCUGAAGGACGAGGAGGAGAUCAAAGAAGAAGAGGAAGAGGAGGAGGACAGCGGUUCGGUGGUUCACCUUCAGAGCAGCAAUGACCCCGGCACGGACGAGGAGCUAGACAUGGGUCCGGAGCAGAAAGGCUGCUUCAGCUACCAGAACUCCCCGGGAAGCCACCUGUCCAAUCAGGACGCCGAGAACGAGUCCCUGCUGAGCGAUGCCAGCGACCCCGUGUCAGACAUCAAGAGCAUGUGCGGUCGAGACGCCUUUGACAAGAAGGCGAGCGCCCGGCCCAAGCUCCCGGGCGAGGCCCACAAUUGCAUGGACAAAAUGACGGCCGUCUACGCCAACAUCCUGUCUGACUCCUACUGGUCGGGCCUGGGCCUGGGCUUCAAGCUGUCCCACAGCGACAGACGGAACUGUGACACCCGCAACGGCAGCAGCAAGACUGAUUUCGACUGGCACCAAGACGCCCUGUCCAAAAGCCUGCAGCAGAACCUGCCUUCCAGGUCCGUGUCGAAGCCCAGCCUGUUCAGCUCCGUGCAGCUGUACCGGCAGAGCAGCAAGAUGUGCGGGACCGUCUUCACCGGGGCCAGCCGCUUCCGGUGCCGCCAGUGCAGCGCCGCCUACGACACCCUGGUUGAGCUGACGGUGCACAUGAACGAGACGGGCCACUACCAGGAUGACAACCGCAAAAAGGACAAGCUGCGACCCAUGAGCUACUCGAAGCCCCGCAAACGGGCCUUCCAAGACAUGGACAAGGAGGACGCGCAGAAGGUUCUGAAGUGCAUGUUCUGUGGCGACUCCUUCGACUCCCUCCAAGAUUUGAGCGUCCACAUGAUCAAAACGAAACAUUACCAAAAAGUGCCUUUGAAGGAGCCAGUCCCGACCAUUGCGUCGAAAAUCGUCACUCCGGCGAAGAAACGCGUCUUCGACGUCAACCGGCCGUGUUCCCCGGACUCCACCACGGGGUCGUUCGCGGACUCGUUUUCCUCUCCCAAGGGCGCCGGCUUGCCGCUGUCCUCCAACAACCGCUACGGCUACCAGAACGGCGCCAGCUACACCUGGCAGUUCGAGGCCUGCAAGUCCCAGAUCCUGAAGUGCAUGGAGUGCGGCAGCUCCCACGACACCCUGCAGCAGCUCACCACCCACAUGAUGGUCACAGGUCACUUUCUCAAGGUCACCAGCUCCGCCUCCAAGAAAGGGAAGCAGCUGGUGCUGGACCCGCUGGCCGUGGAGAAAAUGCAGUCUCUGUCGGAUGCCCCCGCCGGCGACCCCCUGGCUCCCAAGCCAUCCAGUAACUCAGCGUCCGACUGCACGGCGUCUACGACGGAGAUAAAGAAGGAGAGUAAAAAAGAGAAACCAGAUGAGGUCGACAAGGAUGAGAAAGUCGUGAAAAGUGAGGACUUCGAGGACCCUCUGCAAAAGCCUUUAGACCCGACAAUAAAAUAUCAGUAUCUGAGGGAGGAGGAUCUGGAAGAUGGCUCAAAGGGCGGAGGGGACAUCUUGAAGUCGCUGGAAAAUACGGUCACCACGGCCAUCAACAAGGCCCAGAACGGGGCUCCCAGCUGGAGCGCCUACCCCAGCAUCCACGCCGCCUACCAGCUGUCAGAGGGCACCAAGCCCUCCCUGCCUCUGGUGGGGUCCCAGGUGCUGCAGAUCCGGCCCAAUCUCGCCAACAAGCUGAGGCCCAUUGCACCCAAGUGGAAAGUGAUGCCGCUGGUGUCCGUGCCCGCAAACCUGGCCCCGUACACCCAGGUGAAGAAGGAGCCAGAAGACAGAGACGAAAUGGCAAAGGACUGUGGGAAGGAGAGUCCCCGGGAAGAGGCGUCCUCUUUCAGCCGCGGCGAGGGGGAGUCUUUCCCCAACAGUGACACCCCCUCUUCCGAAGCCAGAAAGGCCGAGCCCUGUGCUCCGCAGGAGGAGGCCAAGCCGGCGAGAGAGGGCGGCGAGAAAGAGAAGCCCCAGCCCCUGGAGCCGGCACCGUCCCUCAGCAACGGGUGCGCCCUGGCCAGCGCCGCCUCGGCCCUGCCCUGCAUCAACCCGCUCAGCGCCCUGCAGUCCGUCCUGAACAACCACCUGGGCAAAGCCACGGAACCCCUGCGCUCCCCGUCCUGCUCCAGCCCCAGCUCAAGCACAAUCUCCAUGUUCCACAAGUCGAACCUCGGUGCCGUGGACAAGCCGGUGCUGAGCCCUGCCGCCACGAGGCCGGCUGGCGUGUCCAGGCGGUACCUGUUCGAGAGCAGCGACCAACCCAUCGACCUGACCAAGUCCAAAAGCAAGAAAAGUGAGUCCUCACAAGCACAGUCCUGCACGUCCCCGCCUCAGAAGCACGCCCUGUCCGACAUCGCCGACAUGGUCAAGGUCCUCCCCAAAGCCACCACCCCGAAGCCCGCCGCCUCCUCCAGGGUCCCUCCCAUGAAGCUGGAAAUGGACGUCAGGCGCUUUGAGGACGUCUCCGGCGACGUCUCGACGUUGCACAAAAGGAAAGGCCGGCAGUCCAACUGGAACCCUCAGCACCUUCUGAUCCUGCAGGCUCAGUUCGCCUCCAGCCUCUUCCAGACGUCGGAGGGCAAGUACCUGCUGUCCGACCUGGGCCCGCAGGAGCGCAUGCAGAUCUCGAAGUUCACGGGACUCUCGAUGACCACCAUCAGCCACUGGCUGGCCAACGUCAAGUACCAGCUUAGGAAAACGGGCGGGACAAAAUUCCUGAAAAACAUGGACAAGGGACACCCCAUCUUCUAUUGUAGCGACUGUGCCUCCCAGUUUAGAACCCCGUCUACCUACAUCAGCCACUUAGAAUCCCACCUAGGUUUCCAAAUGAAGGACAUGACCCGCAUGGCCGUGGAACAGCCGGGCAAGGCGGAGCAAGAGACGUCCCGGGUGUCGUCGGCUCAGCGGUCUCCGGAACCCAUAGCUGGCGAAGAGGACACAGACUCUAAAUUCAAGUGUAAGUUGUGCUCCCGGACAUUUGUGAGCAAACACGCAGUAAAACUCCACCUAAGCAAAACGCACAGCAAGUCACCCGAACACCACUCUCAGUUUGUAACAGACGUGGACGAAGAAUAGCUCCACAGGACAAAUGCCUUAGUUUCAACUUUCCAGCCUGGAUCCCCCUCACACUGAGUCCUUCGCUGCACCGCCCCGCUUCCGACAUUGAACUCCUGACACCCUGCUCCGAGAAGACUGCCAAAAAAACCCAACAACAACAACAACAACAACAAAAACCACCCCAGCCAUUUCUCUUCAUCCUCACUAACAAUUUGGUAAUGAAGUAUUGAUUUCCACUUCUCUGCUUAUGGACGAUAUUAGAUUUUCAUUGAUAAACUGCAAUGGGGCUGUCUCAUCUCCAAGGUCCUCUUUUCACUGUCACGAGAAAACAAAGUGCCACUGAAGAAAAAUAAUGCCUGAGAACACUGAUGUCCUUAUUUUGUCAGUUUGUAACAUUGGACAGGAAAGGGUGGGGGGAGUAUCAGUCUCCAUAGUUUAAUGUCCAAGUGGGCUGCACUCGAUGGAGACGCCUGGAAGCUUACUUUUUCAUGGUAAUGUCCACUUCCUAUUUAUAACCCCUCUGGGAACGUUUGUCUAAAGGAAAUGUUUCUGUUCAGUGCAACAAUUACGGUUGCACCUGGAUUGCCCAGUCCUGCCCCUGCACUAGGGAGCCAUUCAUCACCGCAAAGUGGAAGAAUUAUUAAGUUAAACCAGACUUUGAGCCAAGAAAACCUCUGAACGAUGUUCAUCUUCUGUGAAAGUUGUUCAAAUAGUCAGGCUUAACCAUGUUGUUGCCAAAGACUUUUUCCCCCCGUGCAGUGCCAGGCACCUUUAUUAUCAUCACGCUCUUCUCAUUGGUUUUUUUUUUUUUUUUUUUUUUUGGUUUUUUUUUUUUUUUUUUUAAUAAUAGUUUCAAGCCUGCACCACUGUCAUAUGAGACCUGCAAAUUGGGAGGAUGGGGGGGGGGGGGGCGCUUGGUGAGAUGCCGAAUCGGAGAGGAAGCAAGAAGAUGAGAUCAUGGCAGGGUGGAAAGUUCAGCCUUUUCUGGUAAUCUCUUUCUGCUGGGCCCGUUGUUUAUGGGCGCGGAAACACAGCUGGGCUUCAGAAGCAACAGAAAGCAUGAAAUAGGGUGUCCAUUUUAAAUGUGUUCCUGCAACUUUUUUCAUUAAAACUUUGAGGGCCCAAUUUUAAUUUGUGGAAUAUUCCCGUUAAUAAUGAGAUCUAAUUAAGACAUCCAUUAAAAGCCCGUUAAAGUUAAUUUAACGUAAAAAUUCCAAUAGAACUGUAUUAGAUUUUCUCCAUUAAAUUAACGUUAUGGAUUUUUAACGGAUGUCUUAAUUAUACGUUAUUAUUAACAGGAAUACUGUAUUACACAGAUUAAAAUCAGGUCCUACGUCAACGUGGAAAAGCUAAGAGCAUGUUUUAAUAUUAAAAGUCUUGCAUACCUAGCGCACACUCUGGAAAUGCGAGGGGUACGUCUGUUUGCUCUCGCUGAGCAUUUUCUAUAUGACUGAAAGCAACCUAUCGUAGAUAAAUCCAUCACUGCGUUUAAACAAUGAAUUUCCUUAUUCUCAAAGGACAAAUAGGUCUGGAUUGUGUUCUAACCUGCUACUCGGUGAUGGGUGAAGUGUUUAAACUGUUCUAGGCACAACACUAAGAACUAGAUGAUUGUGAAACAAAAGAAAUAUUUUUGUUGUUGUUGCUUUAAUGACCAAGGUUAUCACACACCAAAAAAAAAAAAAAAUCUCAACACCAAGAAAAUGAAGCCAAAUAUACCCCGUUCACCAUUUCUCAUGGAGGCCGCCUGUUGGAAUUGUUUUCAGAAUUUUGACAUGAUCCCUAAAUUCAACAUUGGGAUUAAAAAAAAAACUUCUUAUUUACCUCCUAGGGAAAGUAUUGCCCUUAUGCCACAUAUAAUAGCAAAUUGCUUUUUUUAUGGCGUGCAUAACCUAGAUGGGAAAAAAUAUGGCGCUUCGGGGAAGGAGGGAAAAAGUAAAUGAAGUUCCAGGAAUGUCAUUCUGAAGUAAUGAGGCAUGGACAGAAAAUACACCCCUCACAUCAUCGGAUUGAGAUGGCAGUCGAAAUAGCUUCAUCGAGGUGUCAGCUCUCAUCCAUCAAUCAAUCACCCACAAGGAAACAUCGCCACAGUACAACGGGGCGGCUUUUAUGGGAUUUACUCAUGGGCACAGGGAAUCGCGGCUCAAAUGUAGUUCUGACAUGAAAAGCAAGGUGCUGAUAUUAUUUUUUAUGAUGGGAGGAUCAUAAAGUGAAUUGAGAACAGCGAGGUCUGUCUUUGCUUAACCUAUUCAACCAGAAAUGAACGGAGCUCAACUGGAAAGGCAUAGUCCUGGGAUGGGUGAAGAUUGAAGGGUGGACUGUACUGGGCCCUGUCCUUCGAGAAUGAAAUUCUAUUAAAGGGAAAUCAGUGCAUUAGCAUUGAGGUUCUUGAAGCUGUUAGAAACCGCCCGCUCCGACCCAGGGGUAUUCGACAAAGUUCCAGAAUUCAGAUUCUGCCACAGAGUCCAAAGGCAGAUUGUGAGCUCUCAUUCCAACCCUGGGGGUAGGGGCAGGGGGGGUGGGGGACAGUACAGGGCUCGACUCCGUGGACACAGUUUCCCUCCUAAGAAAGAAAAAAAUAAUAAUAAAUCCUCUGCUUCAACAUAGAAUCUAUACGGUUUUGUUAGUGCGAUUUCUACGGAGGGGCGGGGUGGGAGGCGAGAGACAAAAAUAUUGAUAAAUUUGGUAAGACUCAUGACUCGUCACUUGGUAACCGUAAAUGUCACCGCUGAGGGACAGCUGCUCCUGUUCUUAGAAACGAGAUCUGGGCUUGUGCUGUGAAAUACACACAAAUUCUUAGCAUAUUCCUAGAGACCAAGCCUGUCUUCAUUUGGCAAGCCCUGUGAGGCUUCUAGAAACUUCUUUCUGGAGGAAAAAAAAAAACCCUAAAUAAUAUAAACUCAGGAGAAUGUUUUUAUCUGCACUCAUGCCAUUCUUUUCCUCCCCGUGAAUGCAUGUAGCUCUGACCCACUGGAACGUUAGAAACGGAAAGGAAGAUGACGGGCAGAUCCCACGGGAGUACCUCAUUUGGCCGCUGACCCCCGGUAUCAGAGCUCCGGGAGAGACUGCCUUUCCUUCCCCGCCCCUCCUUCUAGCUAAGGCCACCCAUCAGCUGCAAAUGGAGAUGUCCAUU